GUCGCCUCCGCGGUAACAUGCACAUCCUGUUUACACCUUUAUCUGGAGAAGUUGGGCUCGGUUAGAGGCACCCGCUUCACCCGGGCAGCCCCCAGGGAAGGGGACGUGCCGAGCAUCCCCCCGCCGGACCCUCAAGGGAGGGUGCUGCAGGAGCCGCGAGCCGGCGUCACCGUCACUGCGCCGGCAAGAUGACGAACAACGUGGCCGACCAUCACCCCGGGAACUCGGUUGCUGAAGGCAACCAUGAGGGGGACUUUGGGUGCUCCGUGGUGGAGCUCAGGAACCUCAUGGAGCUGAGGAGCGCCGAGGCGGUCGCCCGGCUCAAUGACUCCUACGGCGGCGUGCAGACUGUCUGCAAGAGGUUGAAGACGUCGCCAGUUGAAGGCCUGUCUGGGAACCCGACCGACCUGGAGAAGAGGCGGCAGGUCUUCGGCCAGAACUUCAUUCCUCCAAAAAAGGCCAAGACGUUCCUGCAGUUAGUGUGGGAGGCACUCCAGGACGUCACGCUGAUCAUCUUGGAAAUCGCAGCCAUAAUCUCCCUGGGCCUGUCCUUCUACCACCCUCCAGGCGGUGACAAUGAAUUGUGCGGCCAGUCGGCGGGUGGCGUGGAGGACGAGGGCGAGUCGCAGGCCGGCUGGAUCGAGGGGGCGGCUAUCUUGUUUUCGGUGAUCAUCGUGGUGCUGGUGACCGCCUUCAAUGACUGGAGCAAGGAGAAGCAAUUCCGGGGCCUCCAGAGCCGCAUCGAGCAGGAGCAGAAGUUCACGGUCAUCCGUAAGGGGCAGGUGAUUCAGAUCCCGGUGGCCGAGAUCGUGGUGGGAGACAUCGCGCAGAUCAAGUACGGUGAUCUCUUGCCAGCAGACGGGAUCCUGAUCCAGGGCAAUGACCUGAAAAUAGAUGAGAGCUCACUGACUGGGGAGUCAGACCAAGUCAAGAAAUCGCUGGAUAAAGACCCCAUGCUGCUGUCAGGUACCCACGUGAUGGAGGGCUCCGGCAGGAUGGUGGUGACUGCUGUGGGUAUCAACUCCCAGACAGGAAUCAUCUUCACUCUCUUGGGUGCGGGAGAAGGAGACGAGGAAAAGAAGGUGAAGAAAGGUAAGAAGAGUAAAAAAACCGGAGCCCCUGAAAAUCGCAACAAAGCUAAAACUCAGGAUGGUGUGGCCUUAGAGAUCCAGCCCCUGAAGAGCCAGGAAGGGGUGGAAAAUGAGGAGAAGGAGAAGAAGAAGGUGAAGGUGCCCAAGAAGGAGAAGUCUGUGCUGCAAGGGAAGCUCACGCGCCUGGCGGUCCAGAUCGGGAAGGCGGGGCUGAUCAUGUCGGCCAUCACGGUCAUCAUCUUGGUGCUGUACUUUGUGAUCGACACAUUUGGGGUGCAGGGGCGGCCCUGGCUGGCAGAGUGCACCCCCAUUUACAUCCAGUACUUUGUCAAGUUCUUCAUCAUCGGUGUCACCGUGUUGGUGGUGGCUGUGCCUGAAGGGCUCCCGCUGGCAGUCACCAUCUCCCUGGCUUACUCCGUGAAGAAAAUGAUGAAGGACAACAACCUUGUGAGACACCUGGACGCAUGUGAGACCAUGGGCAACGCCACCGCCAUCUGCUCGGACAAGACGGGCACACUUACCAUGAACCGCAUGACCGUGGUGCAAGCCUACGUGGGGGACACCCACUACCGCCAGAUCCCUGACCCUGAAGCCAUCCUGCCCAAGAUCCUGGACCUCAUAGUCAAUGGUGUUGCCAUCAACUCUGCCUACACAUCCAAGAUCCUGCCACCCGAGAAGGAAGGGGGGCUACCCCGGCAAGUGGGGAACAAGACCGAGUGCGCCCUGCUGGGUUUCGUGCUGGACCUGAAGCAGGAUUACCAGGCUGUGCGGAACGAAGUGCCAGAGGAGAAGCUCUACAAGGUCUACACCUUCAACUCAGUGCGCAAGUCCAUGAGCACGGUGCUGAAGAAUGGCAACGGCGGCUUCCGCAUGUACAGCAAGGGAGCCUCCGAGAUCAUCCUCCGCAAAUGCACCAGGAUCCUCGACAAGAAUGGAGACCCUCGGGUGUUCAAGGUGAAGGACCGUGAUGAGAUGGUGAAGAAGGUGAUAGAGCCCAUGGCCUGCCACGGGCUGCGGACCAUCUGCCUGGCUUUCCGUGACUUCCCCGCUGACGCCGAGCCGGACUGGGACAGUGAGAACGAGAUCCUGUCUGACCUGACCUGCAUCGCUGUGGUCGGGAUAGAGGACCCUGUGCGACCGGAGGUGCCGGAUGCCAUCCUGAAGUGUCAGCGUGCAGGGAUCACUGUCCGCAUGGUGACGGGGGACAAUAUCAACACCGCCCGUGCCAUCGCCACCAAGUGUGGCAUCCUGCUGCCAGGGGAGGACUUCUUGUGCCUGGAGGGGAAGGAGUUCAACCGGCUCAUCCGCAAUGAGAAGGGAGAGGUGGAACAGGAGCAGCUGGAUAAGAUCUGGCCCAAGCUGCGUGUGCUGGCCCGCUCCUCCCCGACAGAUAAGCACACGCUCGUGAAAGGAAUUAUCGACAGCACCGUUGGUGACCAGAGGCAGGUGGUGGCCGUAACCGGGGACGGGACCAACGAUGGCCCAGCUUUGAAGAAAGCUGACGUUGGGUUUGCCAUGGGCAUCGCAGGCACGGAUGUGGCAAAGGAGGCUUCGGACAUCAUCCUGACGGAUGAUAAUUUCACCAGCAUCGUCAAGGCGGUGAUGUGGGGACGUAACGUCUACGACAGCAUCUCCAAGUUCCUGCAGUUCCAGCUGACGGUUAACGUCGUGGCUGUCAUCGUGGCCUUCACGGGCGCCUGCAUCACGCAGGACUCUCCCCUGAAGGCUGUCCAGAUGCUGUGGGUGAACCUGAUCAUGGACACCUUCGCCUCCUUAGCCCUGGCCACGGAGCCCCCGUCCGAGUCCCUGCUGCUGCGCAAGCCAUACGGCCGCAACAAGCCGCUCAUCUCCCGCACCAUGAUGAAGAACAUCCUGGGGCACGCGGUGUACCAGCUAACUAUCAUUUUCACGCUGCUUUUUGCGGGGGAGAAGUUCUUUGACAUCGACAGUGGCCGGAACGCCCCACUCCACUCCCCACCCACUGAGCACUACACCAUCGUCUUCAACACUUUUGUCAUGAUGCAGUUGUUCAACGAGAUCAAUGCACGCAAGAUCCAUGGGGAGAGGAACGUCUUCGAGUCCAUCUACCGCAACCCCAUCUUCUGCACAGUGGUGCUGGGGACAUUUGCAGCUCAGAUCAUCAUUGUGGAGUUUGGUGGGAAGCCGUUCAGCUGCUCCGGGCUCACCCUGAGCCAGUGGUUCUGGUGUAUUUUUAUUGGAGUGGGAGAGCUCCUCUGGGGCCAGCUGAUCUGCACUGUCCCAACCAGCCACCUGAAGUUCCUGAAGGAAGCUGGGCAUGGCAUCACCAAGGAGGAGAUCCCAGAGGAGGAGCUGCCUGAAGAUGUGGAUGAGAUCGACCACGCUGAAAUGGAGCUGCGGCGCGGGCAGAUCCUGUGGUUCAGGGGUCUCAACAGAAUACAGACGCAGGUACUGUGGGGCAGGGGGUACUGUGGGGCUCUUCUUUCUCUCUCUCUUUCGGGCGACACUAUCUCACUCUCUGGUUCUUUGCAGAUGGACGUAGUUUACACAUUCCAGACCGGCGCCUCCUCUUUGCAGGGAGCCCUCAGGAGACAGCCUUCCAUCGUGAGCCAGCACCACGAUAUCAAAGUGGUGAAUGCGUUCCGUAGCUCCUUGUACGAAGGCCUCGAGAAACCCGAAUCCAGAAGCUCCAUCCAUAACUUCAUGACUCACCCAGAGUUCAUCCUGGAGGAAGACGAGCCUCGAACACCAUUCCUUGACGGCGCUGAAGACGACCCCGAGACUGACGGACUCAAAAAGCGAGGUGGGGGUAGCCUGGGUGGAUCUACAUCCCUCAACAGAAAUAACAAUGCAGUGGACAGCGAUCAAGCUGAGGUCACCGUCCCGGAGCCCGAAAGCCCCUUACACAGCUUGGAGACAUCAGUUUGACCUUAGAACUUCGAACCCCCCCUCCUCCUCCACCUUCGCCCCUCGCCCUGUGUGAUAUUGGCACCAGUAACUGAUCACACACUGCGGUCACUUCGUGUCAAACUGCUCAUACGUAUAUCAUUUUGGUGUUUUGUUUUGGGUUUUUGUUUUUUCUUUUUUUUUUUUUUAAACAAUUAUUUAGCAGUGGGAACCAGAGUACCACGAUGCUGGGUGUUGGGAGAGAGGCUAAGCCAAAAUUGUGCAUCUCCAUCCCUAAUUUUCAGCGGUACUCGCCCAAGUGAAGCAGCCAGGUUAUUUCCUCUCCAAGAGUUGGGCUUGAUGCGUCUGUUGGGGGUUUUCACUUUGAAAAAUGCGUGUUCAAAGAAAGUUCAAAUUGUUGUAGUCUUACAUGCACGCUCUCAGCUUGAGGGCUGGGGAGCACUUGUGACUUUAUUUUUUUUCCACUUGUGGUUUUUAGGGUUUUCUUCUAAUGUUGGGGUUUGUUCUUUGCUUGUGGGAUUUGCCCCCAGUAACUUCACAGUGGGAAGUGGGGGAGUUAGCACUCUCUGGUGCGAAAAUUUAAAAAUAAAUAAAAAAAAAAAACCCAGCCAGGGGGAAGGUGUUUACUCAUAGGUUGAUAGAUACAGGGAUGUACACCAGUCUUCCACCUUGAAAAAUGGUACCUAGCCUUUACAGUUCCUCCUCUGUGUGUGCAUACACACUUCUCUCUGUUUCCAAAGCAGUAAUUGCUAGACAAGGAAUGAAGGUGACUUGGCUGUAACCUUGCUGGAUGUAGAAAAAUCAGGAUCUUUUACAAAGCAAGGUGGAGGUGAACUGGCAGUGGAAGGGUGGUGAAGAAAAACCCCGUGGUUGUGAGAAACGGGGCUCCUUCCUGGGGAUGCUUAAGAGAUGCAUCUCUUCUGCUCUUGAACAGCUGUGAAACUUUUGGGGAGAGCCUUGCAAAGGUUUAACAGCUCCUGCCAUCAAGAGCAGAGGGACUUUUGCCCGUUCUGGCUUGUCUGAACUGUUAGGUUAAAUAAUCCUUCAGCCCUGGAGUACAAACUCCGGUUAACUGCUGAGGAACCCCAGAGGAUGCUCCAGCCGUGCCCACCAGCUCUGCGCAUCGCUGCCAAAGCGUUAGCAGGCUGAACGGAGAACAAGCAUCGGGUUGUUGACAGCACAGUGGGUCAACUCCGAGAUCAUGGAAGGGAUCAGCCGGCUUGUCUCUUGAGCUGGUGGAAGGGAGGGAGGCUCCAUGGCCGAUGGGAGGACCCUCAAUUUCCAUAGCACUUCUGUAGCUGAUUUGCCAGCGGAGGCAGUUCCUUGCAGAAGUGACAGGCUGGUUGGUUGGCUGCAGGUCUUCCAGAGAAGGUGCCGCGUGGAGGUUUUGCCUCACUUGCUGCUUUUUUUGAAGGUCAUCUCUUGACCCUGCUUGUCCUGCCUCACCUUGGUCUCUUGUAACCAUUUGGUGAGAGUCCUGGUUUUUUGGAGCAGAAGCCCCAGGUGUCCUGGGCAAGCUGGCUCUGAACUGACCCUCUUGUGAAGCCAUGGGACUAAGCAGGAGGCAGGAGUUUGCUUUGCUUGGGCUUAGUUUCUUCCCCGUGGGCUCUUGCUGGUGUACCCCGGUUACUGGUCCCAGGCAGGCAGGGCUGGAGGAAGCUCUGCUGCCUUCUCUUCUUUGUCCCGUUUGGCUUGGUUGGAAGCAGAGAGAACCUGGUUGUAACUGGCUGUACAAUGUCAUUGUCUUUGCCCAGCCUCCAUCCCUGGAAGCAGAGGGGUUUUAGCGAGAGGGUGGGCUGGCUGGUUUCUUCUUUCCUUUUCUUUAAGAACGCACAGCAGAAUCUCCCGUGCCUUCUCCGAGCACUGCCUGCAGCACCGCCUGCCACGCGAGGGCCCAGUACUUUGCCAAGAAAUAAGUGUUCCUUAAAUGACAACACAAACCAAGUGUCUUUGUUUUGUUUCCAGCCCAGCACCGACUCCUCCCUUCCUUGGGGUGGGAGGAGGGAAGGACGAGGUCCCCCCAUUCCUGCCCCAGGUAGGUGAGGAAAGGUCCUUCUCCCAGGUCUCCUGCCUCGGUGCUGGCAAAGGGGGUGAAGGCUGGGCUCCAUACACUGCCAACAGCAAGAAGAAAUUGCCACCACUGCCCAUCUCAACCGCAAAUUCAGUGUCAAGCCCCCUGCCCGCACAGACAAACCCGUCGCUGCUCUCCCUGUCCCUUCUUCACGCGAGCUGAAAAAACACCUUGGGCAGGACCAGGGGUGGGGGGGUGUCUUCUUGGGUUCUACACAAGUGGUGACAGGAAGGACGGAAGGGGUGGUUGUGGGGUUUGGUUCUGUACUACAGGUGACAUUGCUUCAAAGAUCACUUUUUCUAUUUUAAAUACUUGCAAAAAAAAAAAAAAAAGGAUGAUAAUAUGGUGUUCUUACAAGCUUACAUAAAUAUUUAUUAAAUACUUUGUGGGGGAUGGACCGGUGGUUUGGUUUUUGGUUUUUUUUGAUAUUUUUUAAUACCUCAGACCUGUUUUAAAAAAGAAAAGACUUAAACCAACAAAAAGCCAACUUUGGAGGCUCUCAAAGUCACUCCCAGAAAUCUGUGACUGGCAGGUUGCCACAAGGGUCUGGUUGUUCUUUAGUUGAUAUAUUUUUGUCGUUCUAGUUUCCAUAUUAGGAGGGGGAGAAAUAAUUAUAUAUAAAUAUUAUGCAAAAAAAUAUAGUUUUCUUUAGAUCAGAAACUGAUAUUUUUACGUCAGCCAUAUGUAUUUUGUUUAAAGAAAAAAAAUAAAUAAAUCUUGAGUCCCGCGUCUGCAACGGCGCGUGACUGUGUGACGGCAGUUCAAAGUGACAGGUAAUUAAUUCAGUGUAUCAGCGAUCGGGUGCCAGUCAGCUUCCUUUUCUCUGAGCAGCCAUCUUUAUACUAGGCGUUAGUUGAAUGACACAAAUGUUUUUUUAUAUAAAUUAUGUUGGUAUGGCUGGUUGCUUAAAGUAUAAACGUUUAUUGUGCAUACAUCUUUUCUGUAAAGUAUUUUUUUUUCUAUUUAGUUUCAGUGAUAUACUGGCAGCAGAUGACUAUUGGGUUAAGUUAUUGAGGACAUUACAAAAGAGUUGGGGGAGAUUGGUGCUCUACGCUGAAAGGCAUGGUCGGCAGCACGAACUUCUGGGGACUCUCUGCAACAUGCCUUGAAAGAGGGGGAGAUAAUUUUUUUUUUUUCCUUGCUUUGUUUGAACUGCCACGAGUGUGCACAGGGGAGAGUGCCAUGCCAGCCAGGAACUGAAGUCAUACCCUGUGAUACGUGUUAACUUGCCUUGGAAUGCUUUGUUAUUAAAACACUCUGAACAUAA